CCUGUUUCAACAAAAUUGUUGCUAGUCCUCAUUCCACUGCUUUUGGUGCUGCCUGUAGUUGAAGCAGUAGAAGCAGGAGAUGCAACUGCUGUCUUGUUAGGUGUAGUUCUCAGCAUUUCAGGCAUUUGUGCUUGAUUGGGGGUAUAAGCGCAAAAGAGAAAUGGACAGGUGUGA